AGAAACUAAUUAACACAUAGCAAAUUCAAAAAAAUGGGGAACUCGUUCACAUGCAUAUCUCACGAGCAAGAACAACGUCCCAAGAAAUCCUCCGGCGGGGGAGGAAGUAACUCCGGGAAAUACAAAUACGUGCGUCGUCUGUCGCUGAUGCCUUCAUUUAGAAGGCGGACGCUACUUCCUUCGCUUUCCUGCUCUGGAUCAUCAUCCACUACGUCGUCCAAGAAAGGCGGGAUCAAAGCAAAGACGAAGAAGAUAAGAGAGAGACAUCAUCAUCAAGACCAUGAAAAAGACUCUCAUAUAAUUCAGGAGCAAACACUAGCAGCCACUAAUCUCCUCUUCAACCAAACCCCUCGUAGCAGCAACUCUGUUGUUCCUCCUAGUUUCAGACGCUCCACCUCCGUUGUCUAUCCCUCGGUUCAGCCCUCGGGUACCAGCUCAGGACCUGUUUCAGCCGUCCAGACUCCUAAGAAGUCAAGCGCGGGAUUCGAGCUAAAUAAGGUGGAAGGUUCGGAGACGAAACGGUUCGUGCUGGUACAUGGUGGUGGAUUCGGAGCUUGGUGUUGGUACAAAACCAUAACCCUCUUAGAGAAACAUGGUUUCCAAGUCGAUGCUGUUGACUUGACCGGUUCAGGCGUGAGCUCUAUUGACACAAACAACAUCACCAGCCUCGCUCAUUACUCCAAGCCUCUCCUUCACUUCUUUGAAUCCCUCAAACCCACCGAGAAGGUGAUACUGGUGGGGCAUGAUUUUGGAGGAGCUUGUAUGUCUUAUGCAAUGGAGAUGUUUCCUACUAAGAUCUCCAAAGCUGUCUUUAUCUCUGCUGCUAUGUUGGCUAAUGGCCAGAGCACUCUUGAUCUCUUUAAUCAACAGCUGGGGUCAAAUGAUCUGAUGCAACAAGCACAGAUCUUUCUGUACGCCAACGGCAAAAAGAAUCCUCCAACUGCCGUUGAUUUCGACAGAUCUUUGCUUAGAGACUUUCUCUUCAAUCAAAGUCCUCCAAAGGACCUCGCAUUGGCCUCGGUAUCCAUUAGACCGAUCCCAUUUGCACCGGUCAGCGAAAAGCUUCACGUCUCGGAUAAAAACUACGGUUCUAUUCGACGGUUCUACAUCAAAACCAUGGAGGAUUACGCUGUACCGGUUCUUCUCCAGGAAGCAAUGAUCAAAUUAAACCCACCGGAACAAGUUUUUCAGCUCAAAGGCUCCGAUCACGCACCGUUCUUCUCUCGGCCUCAAUCCUUGAACCGAAUCCUCGUCGAGAUAUCUCAAAUACCGUUCAAGAAGUCAUCCUAAUAACGAUUUAUAUGUUAACGGUUAUUGAAUUUUUUUGUAAACCGGAUGCAAUUAAACCAAACCGGUUAUAGGAUUCCUUUACCUUAUAGAGAUUGUUUUUUGAGAUUGCUGAGUACCAAUUUGGGGCCUUGCUCUUAAUUUUUU